AUGGCACCCAGUAGCAAUGGCACAAUCCUGAAGCCCCACUUCCACAAGUAUUGGCAGUGGCAAGUGGACAUUUUCUUCAAUCAGCAGACUCACAAGAUUCGUAGACACAAGGCCCAGCAGGCAAAAGCGCACUGCAUUGCCCCUUGCCCCAAUUCCGGUCUUAUCAGGCCUAUAGUGAGGUACAUUACAGUGAGAUACCACACCAAGGUCCAAGCUGGCAGGAACUUCAGCCUGGAAGAACUCAGAGUGGCUGGUAUCCAUAAGAAAGGAGAUAGUUCUGCUAAAAAACUUAAACUCGCCACCCAGCCAAAGGGACUUGUGAUGCCCAUCAGAAAUGUCUACAUAAAUGAGAAAGCCAGAGUUAUCACAAAAGAAGAGAACAAAUUCAAGGCUUUUGCCAGUCUUCACAUGGCUUGA